AUGGUCACGAGUGGAGGAUCCGGACCGUACGCACCGAUACAGGGCGAUGAUGCGCAAGUGCUGCAGUCACCGACUCAACCGAGCACGAGCGGCGCACACAGCGCUCAUCAAUCAGCUCAUCACCGUCGACACGAAUCCACUUCGACCAACACCGCAGCGGCAGCAGCAACAGCGAUGCAUUCAAUGGCGCAAGGGAGGCAAUCUAUAGGGGAUCGAUACCUCGACGACCAUCAGGACGACGACGAAGCGUACGAAUUGAUCCCUAGGUCCCGAUCAAGGACACCUCGUGGCAGUCGAUCAUCAGCAGCGGCAGCCACGGGCAAGACCGCCGACUCACCGACUUCCCCGACUCGGAGUAGCCACGACAGGCAUAGUCAGGACCAUGAUGACGACGACAAGGUGCUGGCUGACGAGAUGGACCAUGACGAACUUCCGCUGUUCAAGGACGAGGACUUGGAUCUCGACUCGGCCAUGUCCAUGGUCAGAAGGGUAAGUUGGGAAGGCUUUUCGUUGAUGCGCUUGGGCGGUUCACGACUCAUCCGCUACCCACUACUGCGCAGAUCGUACCCGAGAGCGAUGAUCCUACAUUACCAGCGCUUACGUUCCGAGUCUUUAUCCUCGGUACAAUACUCUGCAUCCUCGGAGGUCAGUGCUCCUCGGCACUUUUGCUCGGCCCAAAUCGCCGGCCCAGCGCUGAUCCUCCAAUCAACCUCACAGCCGCGGUUUCGCAACUCUUCUUUUUCAAAUCCAACGCCCCUUCCUUCUCGAGCUUCUUCGUCAUCCUCAUCGCCUUCCCCCUGGGGCAUUGGAUGACCUCGAUACUACCCGAAUCCCUUUCCUCCGGCGAAUUCAACAAAAAGGAACACCUCCUCAUCGGCGUACUAGCAGGCAGUGGAGCUUCGGCAGCCUACGCAGGUGAAAUCAUCUCCGUCCAAGACCUCUACUACAAGACCGAUCUAGGAGCGAUUGGCGGUUUGCUGCUCCUGCUGUCGACGCAAUUGAUCGGGUUCGCCUUCUCUGGGUUGACGUAUCGGUUAUUGGUGAGGCCGACAGCGAUGUUGUGGCCCUCGACCUUGGUGUAUGUCACGUUGUUUGAGACGUUGCAUGGUGGAGCAAAGGAGAGCAUCAAGGAGACCAAGGACAGGAUGAAAUUCUUCACCUACAAGUAAGUUGUGACGCUUUCGUCCUGCAUCAUCUUGUCGAGCUGACAUGGGCGUGCACAGCUUUCUCGGCAUCUUUUCCUGGCAGUUCUUGCCCGCACUCGUGUUCCCGACCCUUACAUCGAUUGCGGUGUUGUGCAUCAUGAACAAUCAGAGUCUCAUCAUGCGCACACUUGGGUCGGGCUAUGAUGGCUUUGGUUUUCUUUGCUUCGUGGGUCCCUGUCCUCGCUCUAUUUAUCGGAUGAAGCAAGGGCUGUGGACUGAUAUUAUUCACCCUAGUCGCUUGAUUGGUCCGUCAUUGGCGGAACGGGAGCGCUCUACACGCCCUUCUUUGCCCAAGCUUCGUACUUUUUCGGACUUGCCUUUGUGAGUCAAUGCGCUUCGUACCGGUCCACAUCGUUCAGUAUCUCUGAACAACACUUUUGUGCCCUACAGAACAUGUGGGUCAUCACCCCUCUCCUCUACUUUGGCAACUUCUGGAACGCGCGUUCGUUCGACUCCCCCCUCGCCGCCCAUCUCUACAACUCCACCUUUGGCCGUCUCGACGUCCUCGAGAUCCUCAACCCCGACCUAUCGCUCAACGAAACGCGCUACGCCGAGGUCCAACCCAUCCUACUCACCCCCUACUUCGCGCUUUGUUACGGCGUCUCGUUCGCGGUUUUGACUUCGGCGAUUACGACGGUCUUGCUUUGGCAUAUGAACGAUAUCAAGGCGGCGUUCACGACGAGGAAGGAUGCGGUCGCGGAUAUUCAUGUCGAGAUGUUGGAGAGGUCGUAUGAUCCUAUUCCAAAUCGGUAUUACUUCUCAGUUGUAAGUUCGGUCUUCGGAACUGGGUUCAUCGCUUGCAUCGUCGUGGUGCGGAACUGACUCCUGGCCGAUCGGCUAUGCAGUUCUUCUCCAUGAUCCUCGCCGCCAUCGCACUCGUCACGUUCUACCCCAUGCAAUUACCCAUCUGGGGUCUGUUGUUGAGCAUCUUGAUGGCCGUGGCAUUCUUGGUCCCUGUUGGGGUGAGUGUUAGGGACCUUGACGGUGGCUUGGUGUUGACAUAAGCUUAUUUUUUCUUGCCUCGAUGGAUGGGAAUUAGAUCAUUGCUGCGAUCAGUGAGCUUUCGAGAUUUGCUCCUGACGAGUCGUUACUUCAGCUAACUGAUCGCUUACCCGAUCCCCGCUUAGCGAAUACAACUCUUGGCCUGAACGUAAUCAGUACGUAGACUUUGGAACGCUUUCCGACCGCGCUUUAGCUGCAGAGACUGACCCCACCCCUCAUUUGACAGCCGAGUUCGUAGCGGGUUACCUCUUCCCCGGACGGCCGAUCGCGAACAUCGUGUUCAAAGUAUACGUCAGUCAACGAGUGUAGCGAGAGAAGAGUAUCGGGAAGGAGGACUGAUAUAGGCGAUCUUCUCGGCGGACACUUCAAAUCUGAUCAGGGGUGAGUACUAGUGAUACUGAUCCUUCGGCGGAUGGAACGAACGGAGGAGCUGACCCUCGUUCAUUCCUUCCAUAGGUACAUGACGAUGGUCCAAUCGAUUGACUUGACGGCGGACAUGAAACUCGGAUUGUGAGCUCACUGCCCUUGAGCGGUGGAGAGGGCACCAGCACUGAACACAUCCGUCGAGCCCACGCUUCAGGUACUGCAAGAUCCCGCCGCGCCAUCUCUUCAUCUGCCAAGUCUACGGAACGGCAUUGGGAUCGGUCGUUAAUUACUCUCGUGAGCAACGACCUAUCUUGGGAGGACUUAGACGCCCAAUAGCCUGACCUCGAUUAUAAAAACCCUUCAGUCAUCCGAGGCGUGAUCAACUCCAAACGGCCCUAUUUGGACGGCACCCUCGUCGAUCCAACAGGUCAAUGGUCCGGUCGCAAACCCGAGAUCUUCAUGGUCCGUUCGCGCUAUAGAGAACCCUUGCACUGGCUUCCGAGUUUUGACCUUCUAUGCGAUGGAACAAUCGAACAGAGCGCUUCGGUUAUUUGGGGUUUGAUCGCUCCUAGGCGAUUCUUUGCGGGUCAAUACUCACCUUUGUACUGGGUAGGUGGAAGACUAGAACCCUCUUGAAACUUUCAGGAACGUGAUAUUGAUGCUCAAAAAGCUGUCUGUAUUUCUCCUGGCAGGGUUUCCUCGUCGGCGCGCUCCUCCCGAUCAUCCCUUGGAUCUUGUACAAGCGAACCAACAAUCGGUUCUGGAAGAGGAUUUCGAUCCCUCUCAUCUUGCAUGGAUCGAUCGCGCCGCCGCAGAUGCCGACGAACGUCAUUCUACCUGGUAAGCUCACUGAUCUCACCGGGGGGGAGAGGGAUGGAAGAGUUGCUGAUGGGGUUUAUUCGGUACGGAAACGCGCAGGCUUCUUGGUCUCGUUCGCAUCGCAAUUCUACGCUUUGCGUUACCGACCUCGUUGGUUCGAGAAAUAGUAAGCCUCAUCGCCCCCGACCAUGCCCCUCAGUCCCCUCGUUCCAAUACUUACCAAAUUCGCUCCUCCCUUCUUCUCAGCGUUUACGUCCUCUCCUCCGCCCUCGACGCAGGAACGAGCAUCAACGCUUUGAUGAUCUACGUCUUUGGGUGGUCGACUUUCUUCGAGUGGUGGGGCAAUUCGAGGGUCGAUACGGAGCAUUGUAUUCCUGGGUCAUAG